AUGCUCGAGUCAAUCUUCAAAGGGAUCUAUGUGUUCGUUGGCCUCUGGGCUUUUUAUCGUGUUCUGCGUCGGCUCGUCGUGAAGACGGCUCUCGAUAACAUUCCAGGGCCUCCCUCCCCUUCUUUCUUCAAAGGUAACUUCCCGCAAUUGUUCAACGUUGAUGGUUGGGAUUUCCAUCAUGACAUCGCAACCAAAUAUGGAGGUGUGGUCAAGGCUACUAGGCGGCAACACUCACUUUGUUUGAUCAAGGAAAAUCAACUCUAUGUGUUCGAUCCGAAGGCCAUGCACCACAUUGUUGUAAAGGUAAGCCAGACCUCACACAGCACAUUUUUUUGUGCCAAGAUACAUGUGUGUUUCAAACAGGAUCAACAUUCAUACGGAAAGGAAUCAUCGAUUUUUGUAUUCAACCGCUUACUGUUUGGUAAUGGGCUGCUGGCGAACAAGGGUGAGCGAUGCGAACGCUUUUCGGGAUACACCAAUUCAUUUAGUGAUGUAGGAGAACGUCAUCGCCGACAAAGAAAGAUGUUAAACCCAGUGUUCUCCAUUGCUCACAUGCGUGAAAUGGUUCCCAUUUUCUACAAUGUCACUCAUAACCUUCGGGCGUCAAUCGCGCUGAAAGUCGAAGACGGUCCUCAAGAGAUCGAUCUCGUCUCAUGGAUGGCUCGUACAGCACUGGAAUUAAUUGGGCAGAGUGGCCUAGGCUACUCAUUUGACUCCUUAGCUGAAGAUGCCGCGCCACACCCGUACAGCGACUCCGUCAAAAAGCUAGUGCCCACCAUCAUCCGCGUCGCGUUCUUCCGCGCGUACCUGCUUGUCCCCGCACUCAAAAUCGGCACGCCAAAAUUCCGACGCUUCGUCCUUGACUUGCUUCCCUGGAAAAACCUGCAUGAUGUGCGGGACAUUGUCGAUGUGAUGUACAAUACUUCUGUCGAGAUUUUCGAAUCCAAGAAAAAAGCGUUGAUGGAUGGGGACGAGGCUUUGGCUGCACAGAUUGGGAGGGGGAAGGAUAUCAUGAGUAUUCUCAUGAGAGCCAACUUGCAAGCAACAGAUGAAGAUAGACUAGAUGAGUCCGAACUCAUCGGACAGAUGUCGUGUGUUUCUACUUUCACGAAAAACCCUGCAGCUUGCUCUGGCUCUAAUUUCCUAUUUCCCAGAACUUUGAUAUUCGCAGCUAUGGACACAACCUCAAACGCGCUUGCUCGCACCCUUUUCUUAUUAGCGCAGAAUCAAGAUGUUCAAGAAAAACUGCGCCGCGAAGUCACCGAAGCCCGCGUGAAGUACGGGGACCUUGCGUACGAUGAGCUAGUAGCACUCCCGUAUCUGGACGCGGUUUGCCGAGAAACCCUUCGUCUUUACCCCCCGUUAUCUUACCUUUUGAGAACGACAUGCGCAGACACUGUGAUGCCACUUUCAAACCCCAUCAAAGGACUCGACGGACGCGAAAUCAAUGAAAUUCCCCUCCCGAAAAACACAAACAUUAUCAUCUCGGCUCUCGCAUCCAACCGUGACCCGGAGAUAUGGGGUUCCGAUUCUUUAGAAUGGAUCCCAGAGAGAUGGGUGAGCGCCUCACCCUUCUCAGUAGCUAGUGCACCUAUUCCAGGGGUCUAUUCGAACCUUAUGACAUUCGGGGGCGGCGGGAGAGCUUGCAUCGGAUUUAAAUUCUCCCAACUCGAAAUGAAGGUCGUGCUCUCGGUCUUGAUCGAGUCUUUCAAAUUUUCCCACUCCGACAAGGAGAUAUUUUGGCAAAUGAACUCAAUAGCGACGCCUAUUGUCAUUGGUGGGAAUGGUAAGAACGAACUCCCGCUCAGAGUCAGCAAAGUCUAG